CGAGUUUUGCUCUCGUAUCUUUUAAUGGCGGUCUUUUGAGUGGAAACCGGACGCUCUCUUUGGAUUUUUGCUUACUACUGGGCUGUUCAGCCACUGUCGCGUUUGUCUCGUCUAUGCAGUGAAAAUAAGAACAUUUUUCUUGUGAAAGUUGGUGCGUAUUAAGCGUCUUUUUACAGUUUUUUGAUAGUGCAAAAUCCUCUUAACCAAUUGGUGGAAGAUUUUUAGUGCUAGCAAUCAAUCUGCAAGUGGAACAGCGGUAUUGCGAAAAGGGAAUUCAGAAUCGCCUUGAAGUAGAAUUUUCCGAGCUCUAAUUCGAUAUCGCAAACUGUUAAAUAACAACAUGAGCGACAUUAGGGCAGCGUUCGCUGCUCAACAGAAUGGCGGCGGGGCAGGAGCCGUUACUCAAAGCCCGAAGAUCGGUGGCAAAUCGAUCGAGAAGAUUUACCAGAAGAAAUCGCAACUGGAGCAUAUCCUGCUACGUCCGGAUACCUACAUCGGUUCAGUGGAACAGCUGAAGGAAACCAUGUGGGUGUACGAUGCGGAAGCUAAUAAGAUGGUUCAGCGAGAAAUCACUUUUGUCCCGGGUCUGUACAAGAUUUUUGACGAAAUCUUGGUCAAUGCAGCCGAUAACAAGCAGCGGGAUGCAAAAAUGAAUGCGAUCAAGGUGGAGAUCAAUCAGGAGACCAAUACGAUCUCGAUUUGGAACAAUGGUCAGGGUAUUCCGGUGGUGAUGCACAAGGAGGAAAAAAUGUAUGUGCCUACCAUGAUUUUUGGUCAUCUCCUAACAUCCUCUAACUACAACGAUGAGGAGGAGAAAGUCACUGGUGGCAGAAACGGCUAUGGAGCAAAGUUGUGUAACAUCUUCAGUACUAAGUUUACGGUAGAAACGGCGACCAGGCAAUACAAAAAAUGUUUCAGACAAAGCUGGGGUGACAACAUGAGCAAGGCUACCGAACCGAAGAUCAAGGAAGAUUAUACUGGAGAAGACUACACCAAGAUUACAUUCAGUCCGGAUUUGAAAAAGUUUAAAAUGGAAAAAUUGGAUGACGAUAUUGUGGGUUUGCUGUCGCGUCGUGCGUUCGAUGUGGCAGCAUCAACGCGUGGUGUCAGUGUUUUCUUGAACGGAAAGAAACUUCCGGUGAAAUCUUUCAAAGACUACAUCGAUCUGUAUAUUAAGGAUCAACAGGACGAGAUCGGUGGCGCUGUAAAGAUUUGCUACGAAAAUGUGAAUGAAAGAUGGGAAGUCGCAGUAACUCUGUCGGAUAAAGGCUUCCAGCAAGUUUCAUUCGUAAAUUCGAUCGCCACAACCAAAGGUGGUCGUCACGUUGACUAUGUAACGGAUAUGAUUGUCAAGCAGCUGAUUGAGGUACUGAAGAAAAAGAACAAAGGAGGUAUCAACAUCAAGCCAUUCCAAGUUAAGAAUCAUAUGUGGGUCUUUAUCAAUUGUCUGAUUGUCAAUCCGACCUUCGAUUCACAGACGAAGGAAAAUAUGACGUUGCAAAGUAAGAGUUUUGGUUCCAAAUGUGCUCUAUCGGAGAAGUUUAUCACUACUAUUUCCAAGAGCGGAAUCGUCGAAUCUGUCCUGCAAUGGGCCAAAUUCAAAGCGCAAACGGAACUGAGUAAGACUUCUGGUUCUAAAAAGUCUAAAAUUAAGGGUGUUCCCAAGCUGGAAGAUGCUAACGAUGCUGGUUCGAAAAAUUCACUUAAUUGUACACUUAUUCUUACCGAGGGAGAUUCAGCUAAAACUUUGGCUGUUUCGGGUCUGGGCGUGGUCGGUCGUGAUACCUAUGGAGUAUUCCCACUUCGUGGUAAAUUGCUCAACGUACGAGAAGCUACUCAUAAGCAGAUUCUGGAGAAUGCUGAAAUUAACAAUCUCAUCAAGAUCAUAGGUCUGCAGUACAAAAAGAAGUACCUUACGAUUGACGAUUUAAAAACUCUUCGCUACGGUAAGGUGAUGAUCAUGACAGAUCAAGAUCAGGAUGGUUCCCAUAUCAAAGGUCUGCUAAUCAAUUUCAUCCAUACAAACUGGCCGGAAUUGCUGCGUCUGCCAUUCCUUGAGGAGUUUAUCACGCCAAUCGUAAAAGCCAGCAAGAAAAACGGUGAAGAACUAUCAUUCUUCUCGCUGCCGGAAUUUGAAGAAUGGAAAAGCGAAACGGCCAAUGCUCAUACUUAUAAUAUCAAAUACUAUAAGGGUUUGGGUACUUCAACCUCUAAGGAGGCGAAGGAAUACUUCCAGAAUAUGGAACGCCAUCGGAUUCUUUUUAAGUAUGAUAACAGCUCCGACGAUGAUGCAAUUACUAUGGCGUUCUCCAAGAAGUGCGUUGACCAGCGUAAGGAAUGGCUUACGACCCAUAUGGAAGAGAACCGCCAUCGUAAGCAAGUUGGCCUCCCUGAACGCUAUCUGUACACUAAAACCACCAAAGCUAUCACCUACAAGGAAUUUGUCAAUCUGGAAUUGGUACUGUUCUCCAACUCGGACAAUGUUCGUUCUAUCCCUUGUAUGGUGGAUGGAUUGAAACCAGGUCAACGCAAAGUUAUGUUUACCUGCUUCAAACGAAAUGACAAACGUGAAGUAAAGGUAGCCCAGUUGGCUGGAUCCGUUGCCGAACAGUCCGCUUACCAUCACGGUGAACAGUCGCUGUGCUCGACCAUUGUAAAUUUGGCACAGAACUUUGUGGGCAGCAAUAAUAUCAAUCUGCUAUACCCCGGUGGUCAAUUUGGUACUCGUCUGUGCGGUGGCAAAGAUAGCGCUAGUCCGCGUUAUAUUUUCACAAUGAUGUCACAACUAACGAGACUUAUUUUCCACCCGUUGGAUGACCCACUGCUUGAGGUACAGUACGAAGAUAAUCAGAAAAUUGAACCGCUUUGGUACCUACCGAUUAUUCCUAUGGUGCUGGUAAAUGGAAGUGAAGGUAUUGGCACCGGUUGGUCAACCAAAAUUCCGAACCACAAUCCGCGUGAUCUGAUCGCCAACAUUCGCCGUGUGCUCAACGGUGAUGAGCCGAAAAUUGUACACCCUUGGUACAAGAAUUUCCGAGGAACCAUAGAAGCUGUUGGACACCAGCGGUAUCUAGCUGUUGGUAAUGUGUCUCUUCUGGAUAAUCAGAAGAUUGAAAUAUCUGAACUGCCCAUCGGUACCUGGACUCAGACGUACAAAGAAAAUGUAUUGGAACCGUUGUUGCAUGGUUCAGACAAGCAAAAGGCUGUCAUCACUGAUUAUAAGGAGUACAAUACCGAUACAACUAUCCGGUUUGUGAUUUCAUUCCUUCCUGGAGAAUACGAUAAGCUUUACGCGGAGGACGGCGGUUUCCAUAGAGUGUUUAAACUCACCAGUUCUAUUCCAACGUCUAGUAUGCACGCGUUCGACGAUAAAAACUAUUUGAAACGGUACGACCAUGCCAACGAUAUUUUCAAUGAAUAUUACAAACUGCGUUUGGAAUACUAUGGCAAGCGUAAAGCAUAUUUAGAGGGAAUGUUACAGGCCGAAGCUGACCGACUUACCGAUCAGGCACGUUUCAUUGUAGAGAAAUGCGACCGCACAUUGGUGGUGGAGAACAAGAAACGUAAAGUGAUGAUUGAUGAGCUGAUCAAGCGAGGUUACCGGCCAGAUCCGGUCAAGGAGUGGAAACGCAAUGUUGCCAAAGAGGAGGAAGAAGCAGAGGAGCCUGCUGAAGACGAAGAAGAAGCUGAAGACGUUAAACCUGGAAAGUCUUCCAAAAAGCCUGUUGAUCCGGAGAAAGCUUUCCAGAAGCUAACAGAUGUUAAGAAAUAUGACUAUCUGCUCGGAAUGUCUAUGUGGAUGCUGACAGAUGAAAGGAAGAACGAGUUAUUGAAGCAGCGCGAUACUAAGCUUGCCGAGUUGGCUGCCUUGAAACACAAAACCAAAGAGGUUUUGUGGAUAGAUGAUUUGGAUGCACUUUCGAAGAAACUGGACGAGGUAGAGGAAAAGGAAAGGUUAGAUGCCAUCAACACCGAAAAGAAACUGAAGAGCGGAGCGCCCAAAGCAGGUGGUGGUCGAAUCAAGUCUUCCGGAAAGAAGGCAGCAAUCGAUGAAACGAAACCUAGCGAAAUUGGCGAGGAAGUGAAGUUCAAGCUUACGGAUGAGCUGAUUAAAAAGUACGAAAAAGCCGCCGCUAUUAGCACGGGAGCACCAAGGGUGAAAAAAGAGAAAAAAGAACCUGGCGAGGGUGGAGCAGAAGACGAGUUUGAUGCAUUGGUUGAGGGCAAAAAACCAAAAGUGAAGAAAGAACCGAAGGCACCCAAAGAACCAAAGGUUAAAAAAGAAAAGAAAGAGAAAGACGGCCUGAAACAGCCAAAGUUGAACUUUGCUGGAAAAGGAGCUGGUAAAGGAAGGAAAAAGAAGAACUCUGAUGAUGAGGAUACGGGUCUUUCGGAUAACAGUGAUGACUUCGGAGCGGCCGUUAAUGUUCCCACUCGCGAAAAAACUGAAAGGCGAGCAGCUUCUAAGAAAAUAAAUUAUUCAUUCAACGACGACGAAGAUGAUAAUUUUGAUAAAUCGGACGAUGAAAUGUUCGAUAACAAUCCGGAGAAACGAUAUGCUAAUGAACAGCCGGUCACUACCGGUGGUCUAGAGGAUGACAGCUUUUGUGAGCCAGAAGAGGAUGUGAUUAACUUGGAUGCUACUCCGGCGAAGCCCAAAAAACCCGCUGCAAAGCGAAAACUUGGUCCGAAGAGUGACGCUGCCGCCAAGGUACCAGCUGCGAAACGCGGACGCAAGAAAGACAGUACGGGCAGUAGCGACGAAGAUAAACCGAAGAAGAAACCCAAAAAGAAGGCUAUUGUUGAAUCCGAGCAGAGUGAAUCGGACUAUCAGAUCGAUUCAGACUCCGAUUUUGCGUAAUUGUAGUUAUAAGCGUAUCACUGUGUAACAUUUUCUAAACACCUACUAAAUGGCAGGUUUCGCACAAACUUCGGAUUACAGCAACCGAAGUUCGUGUGUAAAAAAAUGUUUAGAGAGCUAAUUUUAUGAAAUCUGUCGUAUUUGUUUCCGUAAGAAAACAGCAAAAAAAUGUCGGAAUGUGAAAUCGAAACCAUUUGCUUUGACAUCGAAAACACAAUUGCUGUAAAAUCUGAUGUUAUUGUUUAACAUUAUCGGUAACUCUAUCUUUAAACAGAAACAAACAAGUUUUUAUGACAGUAGACAUGUAACUUAUUAAUAUGAAACACUAGAUUGUAGAUGUAUUCACCCACGCAUUAAAGAUAAGUAAUUUAUACAUUCACUUGUACAAUUUGUUUUUCAAUCAAGAAACUAUCUGCUGUCUGAAAAUUAGAAAUUAUGUGAACUUUUUUGUGUAGAUGUAUGCGUGUGCGAAAGGUUUUGACAAAAAUGUUCUGUACAAGCAUUUAUUGUUGUAUGAAACGAAGGAAACAUUGGUUACGAAAUUGAUAAAUCGACAAAAUUAUGCCUAUUUUUCAAUUUAAAAAAGAGACAUCAUUUCUAGUUGCACUGACAUAUGCGCAUCGAGUGUGUUUGACCAAAAAAGAAUGUAUGUUAAAAUUAUUGUAUUUCUGCUGUACCGUUUCAUUUUGCAUGAAAAGGAAAUUUUUUUUAACAUUUUUCAAUUAAAAU